AUGGCAGGCAAGAAAGCUGCUGGGGAGAAUACGAAGAAGGCUUCGGGAAACGCGAAGAAGGCCGAAGCCGCAGCUGCGAAAGCUGCGCAGGAGAACGCAAAGAAAGCUGCGGAAGAGGACCAAGAAUGGGGAAAGGGUGCUAAGAAUACAGCAAAGAAGGAAGCAGAAGCUGCAAAGAAAGCAGAACAAGCACGCAAGAAAGCCGAAAAGGACGCCCUCCUCGCUGAAGAAGAGAAAGAAGCCCGCGCCGCUCCGAAGAACUCCAAAGUCGCUGUCAAGAAGACUAACAAGGGCCUCGACCUCUCCCAACUCGACGAUACACCUUCGGCUGCACCAGGAGCACUCAACGCCACUGGUAUUGACAAUGCGCUGGAUGCGCUGAGCUUGACUACGGACGCGGCGGCCAAGAUUGAUAAACAUCCAGAAAGGAGGUUCAAGGCGGCUUUCGCGGCGUAUGAGGAGCGUAGGUUGAAGGAGAUGGAGACUGAUGGGAGUGGACAAGGUCUGAGGCAGAACCAGAAGAGGGAGCGGAUUCGGAAAGAAUUUGAGAAGAGUGAGGAGAAUCCAUUUAACCAGGUUAGCGCGAGGUACGACGCUAGUAAGGAAGAGAUCAAGGAGUUGCGAGAGCAGGAGAAGGCGAAGAUUGAGGUUAGGCUGGGUGGAAAGUGA